AUGUUUAAACACUUCAGGUGGGCUAAUAUUGCUGUGGUUUCAUCAAACGAGGACAUCUGGAGAGACACAGCAGGAAGAGUAGCCACAGCUUUGAGGAACAAAGGGCUCCCGGUGGGUCUGGUGGCCGCUGCUGGCAACAAGACAGAGAUCUACACUACGCUGGAGAAGAUCGAGGCCGCGGGAGAGAUAAGAGUAAUCGUCAUGUGUAUGCACUCCGUGUUGAUCGGAGGAGAGCAGCAGGCCAGUUUCCUUCUCGCUGCUCAGGAGAGAGGCCUGACGUCUGGGAAGUAUGUGUUUGUUCCUUAUGACACGCUCCACUACAGCGUUCCCUACAACAACGUCACACACUUCGCUCUGAAAAACAACAGUCGACUGAUGAAAGCCUAUGACUCUGUGCUCACCGUUACCAUGGCGUCCGAACCCCUGUCUUUCUAUGAGGCGUUCAGUGGUGCUCAGCUAUCCCAGGAAGUGAUGCUGAAGGUGACACCCAAUCAGGUGAGCCCUCUGUAUGGCACCAUCUACAACAGCCUCUAUCUUCUGGCUCAGUCCAUCCACAACGCCAGGAAAGCAGGGAUGAUACUUUCCGGCUCCAAUCUGGCUUAUUUCACCAGGAACACCGCCUUCAACGGCUUCAACCAAAAUGUUCAAGUAGACAAGAACGGUGAUGUCAAAACCAACUAUGUCAUACUCGACACUGACAAAGGCCCGACUCUGUUCCAAACCUAUUUGGUGGAUUUAAAGUUGUCUAAGCUGCGUUUUGCUGGGAGGUCCAUAUUUUUCCCUGGAGGAGCAGCACCGCCUUCCGAUUCUAACUGCUGGUUUGACCCCUCUGUUCCCUGCUCUGGAGGAUUGGAAGUGACAUACAUUGUUAUAGUCUUUGUUGUGACAUUCUCAGUGGGUCUUGCAGGUCUUGGGAUAAGCUUGUACAUAAGGAGGAGGCUUCAACAGAUCCAGCUGUUUAAAGGACCCAAUCGCAUUCUUUUGACUCUGGAGGAUCUAACUUUUAUAAACCCCCAAAUAAGUCGAAAGAAAAUCACUCUGGAGGAUCUGAGUGAGUCUAAAAGUAUGAUAGAGGACAAGUCACAAGAUUGCUCCCACUCCAUGAACAGCACGCCCACAGCCACUCACGAAACCACCAAUAUAGCAGUCUAUGAGGGUGAUUGGGUGUGGCUCAAGAAGUUUGAGGACGGACAGUUUAAGGAAGUGAAGCAGAGUACCACCAAGAUUUUUACAAAGAUGAAGGACCUCCGAAAUGAAAACGUGAAUCCGUUCUUAGGCUUCUUCCAGGACAGUUCCGUGGUGGCGGUGGUGACAGAGCACUGUUCUAGAGGGAGUCUGCAGGAUCUGCUCCGGAACGAAGAUGUGAAGCUGGACUGGAUGUUUAAGUCCUCACUCUUACUGGACCUGAUCAAAGGAAUUAAAUACCUCCACCACAGAGAUUUUCCUCACGGGAGGCUGAAGUCCCGUAAUUGUGUGGUUGACGGUCGCUUUGUCCUCAAAAUCACUGACUAUGGAUUUAAUGAGUUACUGGAGUCACAGAAAGCCCCUUUUGAAGAGCCUCCCCCCGAAGAGUUAUUUUGGACGGCUCCUGAGUUCUUGAGAGACCCUCCAAGUAUCCGCAGAGGCACGUAUAAAGGAGACGUGUACAGUUUUGCCAUCAUCCUGCAGGAAGUGGUGGUCCGCGGCCCCCCAUACUGCAUGCUCGGACUCACUCCUCAGGAGAUCAUUCGUAAAGUGAAAAAGCCUCCUCCGAUGUGCCGCCCCACCGUGGCUCCAGACCAGGCGCCUCUGGAGUGUAUCCAGCUCAUGAAACAGUGCUGGAGUGAGCAGCCCGACCGCAGACCCAACUUCAAUGAGAUCUUUGACCGGUUUAAGAUCAUCAACAAGGGCAAAAAGACCAACAUCAUUGACUCGAUGCUGCGGAUGUUGGAACAGUACAGCUCUAACCUGGAGGACCUGAUCCGGGAGCGGACAGAGGAGCUGGAGGUGGAGAAGCAGAGGACUGAGAAACUGCUGUCAGAAAUGCUCCCACCCUCUGUGGCCGAGGCUCUAAAGACAGGAGCUACAGUGGAGCCUGAGUACUUUGAUCAGGUGACCAUAUACUUCAGUGACAUUGUGGGCUUCACCACCAUCUCCAGUCUCAGUGACCCCAUCGAGGUGGUGGACCUGCUCAACGACCUCUACUCACUGUUCGACGCUGUGCUCAGCAACCAUGACGUCUACAAGGUGGAGACCAUCGGUGAUGCUUACAUGGUGGCAUCAGGUUUACCCAAGAGGAACGGAAACAAACAUGCAGCAGAGAUUGCCAACAUGUCCCUGAACAUCCUCAGCUCCGUGGGGACGUUCCGGAUGCGCCACAUGCCGGACAUCCCGGUCCGCAUCCGGAUCGGGAUCCACUCAGGGCCAUGUGUGGCUGGUGUGGUUGGUUUGACCAUGCCUCGGUAUUGCCUUUUUGGAGACACAGUCAACACUGCCUCAAGAAUGGAAUCCACUGGGCUGCCUUAUAGAAUUCAUGUUAAUCUUACAACAGUAAAGAUCCUGCGUUCACUGAACGAGGGCUACAAAAUCGACGUGAGGGGCAAAACUGAGCUGAAGGGUAAAGGAAUUGAAGAGACGUACUGGCUUGUAGGAAAAACGGGAUUCGCAAAACCAUUGCCGAAACCACCAGAAAUUAAACCAGGGGUCAACUGGCAGGAGAUGAUAACAGAGGAAAUCAAGAUGCACUUUCGAAAGGCAAAUCGGCAGGUGGACAAAAAGACUUGA